CGGGAUAAUAGAGACACUUUAAGGUGCAGGAAUUGGCAGCGAAGAGCCGUGAGUCCAAACACUGCUCGUUACUUUCACUACGACUCCUCCGAACAAAGGAGGAUCAAUCAGUCAGCCACCUGUGAAUGAAGACAAGAUUAAACUAUGUCUUCAGUGGUUGAUCUCAAGACCAAGGAGGAGAAGGAUGCGGAGUUGGAUAAACGAAUCGAAGCUUUGAGGAAGAAGAAUGAAGCUCUGGUCAGGAGAUACCAGGAAAUUGAGGAAGACAAGAAGAAAGCAGAGCAGGAGGGCAUUGCUGUGACGACACCACGGAAACCCCGUCCCCAUGAACCAGAGACAGACCGAAGGAAGACGGAGAAAGAAAACAUAACUGUCACAGUUGACCUAUCUAAACCAGUAGGGGAGAAGAGAGUUGUGAAUGACUGGAAACCUUCUACUCCUCGUGGUCGGAAGAUGUCAGAGGAAAGCGAUGGCCAAAAAGUGCAAAAUGAUGGUCAUAGCCCACCCAGAAGGAUGGGGUCAGGACGAGUAGGUCGUGGAGGACAGAGAGGAGGAGGACGUCAAGAAAGGAGAGAGCAUGAACCAAGGGCACCCAGAGAAAGAGAAGCUGGGGAGUCUGGAGGACAGAGGCGCAGAGGAGGAUGGAGAGGAAGAGGAGGAGAAGGAGGAGAGGGGGGAGGCGGAGGGCCAGGGACACCAGGCGGCAUGGACAGGAAAUCAAAGGAAUGGGAAGAGAAGAGACGACAGAACAUUGAAAAGAUGAAUGAAGAAAUGGAGAGAAUAGCAGAGUAUGAGAGAGGACAGCGGGUGGAUGGUGAUAAGCCAAUUCGUAACUUCCUGGAUGACCCAAGACGCUCAGGCCCAGCCCCAGACAUAGACCGGAAAGAGGGCAGCAGAAGACAUGUACGAAACUGGGGGGGGCUUGAUUUUGACAAUGUAAAGACAGGAGCGGAACUAGAGAAAGAGUGGACUAGUCGAAGACCUGGUCCCAAAGGCUCUGUGGACAUGACCAUGUCUAUGACUGGCAGGGAGAGAGCAGAGUACCUGCGCUGGAAGAAAGAGCGUGAGCAAAUUGACGAGGAGAGACUAGCACGCCAUCGUAACGCCACAGGCCAAUGGAGAAGAGAGUGGGAUGCACAGAAGACUGAGAACAUGUUCAAAGAGGACACGAAUGUGGCUGCAGAGGGCAUCGCAUCUGAGCAGGGCAGCAGAAGAGCCCGGGGGCGUAACCCUCGUACAGAGCCUCAGGGCAGGGCUUCAGAUGACAGUAAGCGGCCGCCCAAGACUCCGAUAUUUGGCGACUUCCUGUCCCAGGGCAGGACCCAGGGGCCCCGAGGGGACCGGGGCAGAGGGAGGGGUCGAGGACAGAAACCGAGCUACAGCAUGCAUGAUAACCGCUGGGAAGGAGACAAAGAAGAGGAGAAGGAAAAGGAGGAUAACUCAAAAAAAGAAGAUAAGACAAAAAUGGAGAACAUGGAGGUAAAACCCAAACCUUCAACACAGAAGGUGGUGGAGAGCAAUGAAGAUGGAGAGGAUGAUGAUGAUUGGGAGGAUGCCAGCGAUGAUGAAGGGGAAGGGAGCGACUCUGAAGAUAGUUCAAGGGGUGAUGAGAAGAAAGACACUGGGAAAGAAAAAACAGCUAAGAGCAAAGACAAGACCCAGGCAGGAAGCCCAAAAGACCAGCGGACUCCCAGGCCAAAGAUUUACAUCCCUCCCCCGGCUAUAGCUCAGGAGUCACCAGAGGGUGUAAAACCCCUCAGCCCCUUCUCCUUGCUGGACAGCCACCAGCCUGUGUCUGACUGGGGAGAGGAGAUGGAGAUGCAGUCACCACGAAGCAGCAUGGGAGGUGAAAGCCCCCUGAAACCCUCAAGCACUGAGUCCAGUCCUCCGCAGAAGAAAGCCCAGGAGGAGGAGGUUGAGGAGGAGGUUGAGGAGGAGGAGAAGGUUGAGGAGAAGGUUGAGGAGAAGGUUGAGGAGAAGGUUGAGGAGAAGGUUGAGGAGAAGGUUGAGGAGGAGGUUGAGGUUGAAACAGAGGGUCAAGUCACCACCUCCAGAGAGCCUGCUGAACCACAGCCAGAAGACAAUACAGCCAUAGAUGUUUCCUCUCUGCCAGAACAGGCAGAAUUCCAGCAGACGGUGAUAGUGUCAGAACCUGAGUCUGUCCCCACAGACUCUGCUGCUGCAACACCAUCUGAUGCUGUCCCUUCUGAGUUGUCUGUGCCAGCCUGCAGUGAGAUCAGUGAGGCUGCUGUGUCGUUGGACGAGGAUGCACCUGCUGCUCCAACACAAAUAGACCCUUUGGACACUGCUCCCCCUCCUGCCAACCUGGAAGCUGAGCAGGGAUCUUCUGAUCCAGCAGGAGGUAAAGCGGACGACAUGGUGUCCACUGGGACCAACGAUGCCCAGACAGCAGAGACAGCAGAGACAGCAGAGUCCACAGAGCAGGUGUCCUCAGGCUGAUACUGCUGGAAUCAAACAUUCACUUCUGAGGAGGAUGGAGAGAUAAAAGGAAAUGAAGACAUCUGACUAGCAUCACAUCACUGGAGUGGCUGUCAAGCCCCCCCCCCCCC